CACAAUUGAAUGUAGCUUAGCGAGUUUUGCGUUGUCUUUCAUACUGCGCUUCGCUUGCGCGCCACACGCCAACGGUUUUGCCUCGCCGCUGCCCAAAUUUUCGAACAGCCUUCAUAAACUUGCGUCUUACUUGUCCACGAGAAAGCGUCUGUAGCCAUGCAGACACAACGGCCGCUUGCAAGCCCAGGACGGCAGGCUAGCAUUCCUGCGCGCAGGGCCUACAGUCUGCGUCCGCCGCUUACUCAGCGCCAAUUGCCAAUUGCACGUGCGGAGCCACCUCAGACGGAAGAAAUUAAGUUGUUUGGCAUAAUCCCCACUGCGCCUCGCUCAAGCAAGCUUGGCGAGAACCUGGAGGAUCGCAUCCAGUCUGGCGAAUUCACGGACUCGGGCUCGACAAAAGAGAAGUUGACUCGUCCCCUGCGCCAGGCGCUGGCGAAGGAGCCGCUUGUUGGUCGGUCUGCAGCUCGCUUCCUGGCGGACUUGGGCCGCCAGUGGCGUGCCGAGGCCAGUAAGCGCAUGCCUGAGGCACGCGGCGACAUCCGGGAGAUUGUGGGCCAGCCAGUGUUUGUGCCGCUGUACAAGCUGUUCCUGGUGUACGGCAAGAUCUUCCGGCUGUCUUUCGGCCCCAAGAGCUUCGUCAUCAUCUCUGACCCCGCUUAUGCCAAGCAGAUCCUGCUCACGAACGCGGACAAGUACAGCAAGGGGCUGCUCAGCGAGAUCCUGGAUUUCGUGAUGGGCACGGGGCUCAUUCCCGCGGACGGCGAGAUUUGGAAGGCGCGCCGCCGCGCAGUGGUGCCAGCCCUGCACCGCAAGUACGUGAUGUCGAUGGUGGACAUGUUCGGCGACUGCGCGGCGCACGGCGCGUCCGCCACACUAGACAAGUAUGCCGCCUCAGGCACCAGCCUGGACAUGGAAAACUUCUUCAGCCGGCUGGGUCUGGACAUCAUCGGCAAGGCCGUGUUCAACUACGACUUCGACUCGCUGGCGCACGACGACCCCGUCAUCCAGGCCGUGUACACGUUGCUGCGCGAAGCGGAGCACCGCUCCACAGCGCCCAUCGCCUACUGGAACAUUCCCGGCAUCCAGUUUGUGGUGCCGCGGCAGAAGCGCUGCCAGGAGGCGCUGGUGCUGGUAAAUGAGUGCCUGGACGGCCUCAUCGACAAGUGCAAGAAGCUGGUCGAGGAGGAGGACGCGGUGUUUGGGGAGGAGUUCCUUAGCGAGCGCGACCCCUCCAUCCUGCACUUCCUCCUCGCGUCUGGAGACGAGAUUUCCUCGAAGCAGUUGCGCGAUGACCUGAUGACUAUGCUGAUUGCGGGGCACGAGACCACCGCCGCCGUGCUGACGUGGACGCUGUACCUGCUGUCCCAACACCCCGAGGCGGCAGCGGCCAUCCGCAAGGAGGUAGACGAGCUCCUUGGGGACCGCAAGCCCGGGGUGGAAGACCUCAGAGCGCUCAAGAUGACGACUCGCGUCAUCAACGAGGCGAUGCGGCUCUACCCACAGCCGCCAGUACUCAUUCGCCGCGCGCUGCAGGACGACCACUUCGACCAGUUCACGGUGCCGGCCGGCAGCGACCUGUUCAUCAGCGUGUGGAACUUGCACCGCAGCCCUAAGCUGUGGGACGAGCCCGACAAGUUCAAGCCGGAGCGCUUCGGACCGCUGGACAGCCCCAUCCCCAACGAGGUGACUGAAAACUUCGCCUACCUGCCCUUUGGCGGUGGCCGCCGCAAGUGCAUUGGCGACCAGUUCGCUUUGUUCGAGGCGGUUGUUGCGCUGGCCAUGCUGAUGCGGCGAUACGAGUUCAACCUGGACGAGUCCAAGGGGACAGUGGGCAUGACAACAGGUGCCACCAUCCACACCACCAACGGUCUAAACAUGUUUGUUCGUCGGCGCGACCCAUUGACCGUGCCGCCGACCUCAUCUAGCGUGGCGGAGACGGUGUCCACUGGGUACGCGUUCGCUUGUGGCCCAGCUGUCAUGCCUGUCGCAUCAGCGGAGGUGGUGGCCGCGCCCGCAACGGCUGCAGGUGGCGGCUGCCCAUUUCACACCGCAGCAGGAGCCGCUGUACCAGCGGCGACGAUGAGCCUGAGGCCCACCGGACCGCCGUCCGCCUAAACACGUACUGGAACAGAAUGACGGAGGCAGGCGUUUUCCUGCGUGGACUUGUACUAAGAGACGGCUGUUCACAAUCAGGAUGCUGCGCGGGCGGAGGCUGGUCGCGCUGCGGCAGCAGACGUCGGGGACAGACUGACGUGGCAGCGGUGGCAGGGCAACGGCGCAUGGCGGUGUGCAAGGAUUUUAGCCGGCUGUUGAAGUUUGGAUUUGCAGUGCUGCAACCAACAGCGGCGACUUGAUGCAGUUGCGGUUGAGGGGCUGCGGCAUCAGCUAGCUGGGAUGCUUCAGGCACCGCAAGGCGCCAGAGGCUUGCAUCCUCCAGCUCUUGUACGGUAUUCGAGCUGGUGCCCCCGUGCGAGGGAAGCGUGCGAUGUUACUGGGUAAUGGCAUCGAGAUCGUGGGUAGGGGGUCCCGGGUAUCGGGUAGCACACGGCAUGCCUGCACACGUGCAUAAUCAGCGCGCAGACUGGGGCUGAGGUGGAUGCGAUGGGGCUUUGGGGACAUCACAUGCUUCAGGGGGCCUUGGCCCACCCGGGGGUGCCAGUCCGGCAAGUCCCUGGGGAUUGCGUGAGUUCAAGCCCCUAGAUUAUCAAAGGACAUCAUGCGACAUUUAUGAGGUCUCUGGGUAUUAACGAAGAUGAACUAAUACUGCGCAUCAGAGAAGGCAACCACACAACGUCGUCGAGGCUUAGCCAGGCUUAGCAGAACGACAAGAUUUUUCCUUGCACAGGACAAGUGUUCCCCCGGUCACGGGACAAGGGGUGUCAGCUGUGUACAGCUGGAAAAUGGGCUGAGCCCCCGUACGCUUGGGAGCUAAUAGGCGUGUAACGCCCCGUUAGA